AUGGCAGGGGUGGGCGAUGAAGCUGCGCGCUCGGCCUCGGGCUCCGCGUUCAGCCCUUACCCGGGCUCGACCGGCCUUCACGGCGCAGGCUGCCCACAGGUUUCGGCAAGCCCGCUGCAGUACUCGGCCGACGCCGCCGCCGGCUUCCCGUCCUACAUGGGCGCGCCCUACGACGCGCACACGACUGGGAUGACGGGCGCCAUCAGCUAUCAUCCGUAUGGCAGCGCGGCCUACCCGUACCAGCUCAAUGACCCAGCGUACCGCAAGAACGCCACGCGGGAUGCCACGGCCACGCUCAAGGCCUGGCUCAACGAGCACCGCAAGAACCCCUACCCCACCAAGGGCGAGAAGAUCAUGCUGGCCAUCAUCACCAAGAUGACCCUCACGCAGGUCUCCACCUGGUUCGCCAACGCGCGCCGGCGCCUCAAGAAGGAGAACAAGAUGACGUGGGCCCCGAGGAACAAAAGCGAGGAUGAAGACGAGGAGGAGGGUGACGCGGCCAGGAACAAGGAGAGUCUGGAUAAGUCGCAGGAGGGCACCGAGACAUCGGCAGAGGACGAAGGGAUCAGCCUGCACGUCGACUCGCUCACGGAUCACUCCUGCUCUGCGGAGUCGGACGGGGAGAAGCUGCCUUGCCGCGCCGGGGACCCCUUGUGCGAAUCGGGCUCAGAGUGCAAGGAUAAGUAUGACGACCUGGAGGACGACGAAGAGGACGAGGAGGAGGGCGAGCGGGACCUGGCGCCAUCCAAAGCCGUGACCUCGUCGCCGCUCACCGGCGUGGAGGCGCCGUUGCUGAGCCCUCCGCCCGAGGCCGCGCCCCGCGGUGGCGGUGGUGGCAAGACCCCCCUGGGCAGCCGGACGUCGCCGGGCGCGCCGCAGCCCGCCAGCAAGCCCAAGCUGUGGUCUCUGGCCGAGAUCGCCACGUCGGACCUCAAGCAGCCAAGCGUGGGCCCGGGCUGCGCGCCGCCAGGGCUGCCCGCGGCCGCAGCGCCGGCCUCGUCGGGGGCGCCACCCGGAGGCUCUCCCUACCCCGCGUCCCCGCUGCUCGGCCGCCACCUCUACUACACGUCGCCCUUCUAUGGCAACUACACAAAUUACGGGAACUUGAACGCGGCGCUGCAGGGCCAGGGGCUCCUGCGGUACAACGCGGCGGCCUCGGGCCCAGGAGAGGCGCUGCACGCGGCGCCCAAGGCGGCCAGCGACGCGGGCAAGGCAGGCACGCAUCCGCUGGAGUCCCAUUACCGGCCCCCGGGCGGCAGCUAUGAGCCCAAGAAAGAUGCCAGUGAGGGCUGCACCGUGGUUGGUGGGGGCAUCCAGUCCUACCUAUAGAAGGGCCGUGUGUACAGCAAUACAAGUAGGUGUCACAAUUGCUUUGGAAAAAAAAAAGUCAGCAGGCCAUUCUUUUUUCCCAAGUUCAUAAAUACACAGACGUAAAAAGCCGCGCUCACCCGGACCGCAUCUUGUGCCACUGUAAAGGAAGGAGCCGCAGAGCACUGUCAACUCAGACUAACCGAACCGAACAGACUUUUGUUGGAUAGACGUGAAUUUGUUGGCAUAGUAUAGCUUCCCCAAUGUAUGUGUGACUUUUGAAAACAAUCUUUUUUCUCAGGAUAUCUUGAAUUGAUCACUUCAUUGCCACGGUAUAUAUGCUAUAGGUGUGAUAGGAUUUACUGUAAAAUUUAUUUGUAAAAGAUGUACACAGUAGAAAUAAAACGUGAUUGAAGAACUUGAGUACUUAAAAAGUGGAAACAAAUUUGAUAUUUAUUUUUAUAAUGAUAUAAAGCUUCUAGUAAUUUAUGCAAGUUGUAUUGCAAUGGAAUCUAAACUUUUUGUAAAUAAAUUCUGCCUGGUUUUUAUUUGAACAUUGCUGGUUAUACAAUCUUUGUUGGUUGUUUAACAAUAAUUCUUUACUAAUUUAUAUCUUAAAUUGUAAAUAAAAACAGACUAGACUACAGCAA